GUCACUCAGCCGAACGACGUAAGAAAACGUCGAGAGGAAAUCCGAGACGGUGGCGUAUCGACCGAGCACUGACAAGCUUUCUCAUCGCUACAGUGCGCCAUUUGCAUCGUUGCAACGAACGAGCGGCGGGUACUACGAUCGAUCAACAAUAAUUGAUACCGUAUCUGUAAAGGUGCACGUCGCUUAAAAAAUGGAUAUUUCCUCGGAAAUAUUAGAGACCCUGGAUAUUAUGGGUAACAAGAACGUCAUAGAGGUACUAAAGGAUGAUGUCGCAGAGCAGGACAUUAUAGUGGAAUCUGAAGCAACAGAGGAUACAGAAGAAAUAGAGGAGAUCAUUGAGAUAAUCGAGGAAAUUGUAGAAGAUGACGAAAAUUUUUCAGAUGAUGAAAUAUCCUUGUCAAAAAACAAGGAUAAGACUCUGUCAAAUACAGAGAAGAAUGAAGUGGUUGUGAGGGACAAAACAAAUAAUGAGACAACUGGCAAGAAAAUCGAGAUCUUUGGUUUUGAAGAAGAGAAUUCAAUGUUUACUUCGCUAUCUAGAAAGGAAGAGACCACUAAACGCACAAGUAAUAUACAGAAGAACAAUAGCAAGAAGCAAGUUAUUAAUUAUGAUGUAGAUGAGGACUGGCAAGAUGAGGAGCUAGACCGUAUGGAGGAGUUGGAUAAUAUUGGACAGUCUGUGACUGAAGUGCAGUCACAGAGUAUUUCCAAAAAUAAUAAGUCAGUAAAUAAUCAAAAUGUCUCUAUGUCACUGCAGUCAAAUAGAUUGGAUAUGAGGAGUCACAUGGAUUCCAUGACAAGGUCUGAUAAAUCUAGAAUAGACAGUGGCAGUAUUGGUAGUAAUGUACAUAAUGUGGAAGACGAUAGUGAUAAUCACGAGAUAGUAAAGAAUACAGAGAACAAUCUGUUGUAUACAGUGCUGGGGACUAAGAAGCAAGAUUCCUCUGCAAAGCAGCAGGAAAAGUUCAACGACUCACAAUAUAUCAAAAUGGAACGACUUGAUGAAAAUACCAUACCAGUUGAAGGUACUAUUUAUUAUGAAGGAGAUAACAUGGAGACGCUAUAUGUAGCACAAGCGAUUGACGAUAACGAGCAAUAUACAUAUGAUAACGCCGCGAUUGAACAAGAUGAGCAGAUGUGGGAUGCCUCGAAUAACGAAUCCACUGAAAACCAAGAAGAAAAUUCUCAAGAUCAGAUAUUUCUACACGAAGACGAAGACGGACAGUUAUAUUUCAAGGACGAUAGCGGAGCUUUGCAACCGGUGUAUCUGACUGACGAUGGAAAUUAUGCAAUCGCAGAAAGCAACGACGAUCAAGUAACCAAUAAGGAAUCGAGGUUUCAGGCAAAUAAUAAGUCAACGGAAGAUGAACAUCCCUUCAUUUUGCCGGAUUUAGACGCGAAAUCUUCUAGUAAACAGAUGUCUAGUUCUGCGGUAGCAACAUCGCCGUUACAGGAUAUCGAUAAUGAGGACAAUAAUACUGUUACUAUAUCAUUGAUAAUAUCAGAGGAUGAGAAUGGACAAAAGAGAACACAAGUCAUUAUACCAACAACAGACAAUUUGAAGUGCGACAUCUGUAAUAAGAGUUUCAAAACAUCUUUUCAGUUACUUAGGCAUAAUCGGCUGAAACAUGCUCGAGAAGAGGAUAUAACUACAAGAAGCUUUCCCUGCGAUUUAUGUCCUAAAAGAUAUCCAGAUCAGACUUCUCUAGCUCGCCAUAGGAAAACUCACACUGGCGAUCGACCGUUCCAAUGCUUGGAAUGUCAUAAAAACUUUCCCACAUCCACGGCACUACGUCGUCAUUUGAAUCUUCACAAUUCGCAGUCGCGACCACUUCCUUGCAUUUAUUGUGGCCGUCGAUUCAUGGAGAAAGCCAGUUUAACGAAGCAUGAAGAGUCGCAUAUGCCCAACGAACAACGCAUACAUACAUGCGAUAUAUGCCAAAAAACGUUUACGCAUGUGACCGAUCUGAGCAUGCACAAGAAAUAUCACGAUCCCGACAAGAAAUUUGAUUGCGAGGUAUGCGGUCGCGAGUUCAACCGCUUGAACAAUUUGCAAAGACAUAUGAUGGUUCAUCAGCAAGUGAGUAAGCAACAACAAGGAGGCAACGAGGAGAUACUUUCCUGCGAUGUGUGUGGAAUCACAUACAAGUUCAUGAGUUCGUUGACGAGGCACAUGGUAACUACGCACAUGAAUCCCGAGAAAUUGAGGCAGCAAGCGGAGGAACAGCGACGAAAACGCGAGAAUAAUUACCGGAAGUAUCUGGAAAACCGAAAAAUGUAUGAGACGCAGCACAACACAUACAUUGCAAAGCGUAACUAUCAUCAUAACGCGCGUUUACUCACCGGGAAUAACGACGACACCGCCUGACUUGAACUCUCGCGUAGUUUUUUAACGGUUUGUUAUCGUGAGUCAUUACGACAUCUCCCUGGAUCACCUCUAUAAAAAAUAAUACAUGUAUCUCGCGUGCGUGCUCAACCACGUCUCUUUAUAUCAUUGAUU